CCAUCAUUCUUUUCAACAUCGCACGUCGAUGCAAUAAGUUCGAUCGCGGAUUCGUUCUCGCCGAAAAUCGUAAAAAAUCUUAAUCAUCCUUUGUCAUCGCAACGAUUAAAUCGUUUUAAAUUAAAUAAAAAUGCCACCAAAGUUUGACCCAACUGAAGUUAAGAAGGUAUACCUCCGUUGUGUUGGAGGCGAAGUCGGUGCCACCUCAUCAUUGGCUCCAAAAAUCGGUCCAUUGGGUUUGUCCCCAAAGAAAAUUGGUGAUGACAUUGCCAAGGCAACCGGUGACUGGAAAGGUCUUAAAAUCACCGUGUGCUUGACCAUCCAAAAUCGUCAAGCCACCAUCUCAGUUGUUCCAUCAGCUGCCUCACUUAUCAUCAAGGCAUUGAAAGAACCACCACGUGACAGAAAGAAGGUCAAGAACGUUAAGCACAAUGGCAACAUCUCAUUGGAUGACAUUAUAAGCAUUGCCCGCACAUUGCGACCACGUUCAAUGGCCCGUGAAUUGAGCGGAACCGCCAAAGAAAUCUUGGGUACUGCCCAAAACAUCGGCUGCACCGUUGAUGGACGUCCACCACACGACAUCAUUGAUGACAUCAAUGAUGGCGCUAUUGAAAUCCCUUCAGAAUAAAUACACAAAUUUAUCGACCAGUCCAGAUCGAUGUACAAGUUAUUAAGUGUACUCUGUUAAGAAACACAUUGUUUUUUAAUUAAAAAGGGAAAAAAUGACAAAAAA